UUGUUCCGCAAGGCGGUGCGGUGUUUGUUGUGGUUCGACGAUGUAGACACACGUUGGUUUACACACGUGUUUUACCAUUUAGAGGAAAAUGUCUUUCUUUAUUCGUGAUAAGCAGUCCAAAGGCAAGAGGCCCAAGAAGGAGGAAAAGAAGAAACGGACGUCAUCAGAAGUCCAAAAGGCUAAAAGAAAGUACGAGGAAACUAUAGGUGCUCAUGAGAAGCAUACCAUUGAGAAUAGUGAUGACGAUGAAGCUGAAGGAGCUACCAGUUCAGAUGAAGAUCUUGCCGAAACUACUCAAGAGAAGAAGCUCCGCUUGGCUAAGAAAUACUUAGAAGAAAUAGAAAGACAAGAAAAAGAAAGAGCUGAAUCAAAAGAGAUUGACCGAUCUGUGAUUGAAAGCCGAUUAAAACAUGAUUUGCUGGAAGAAUCAGGAAAGAUACACAAGUGUGUUGCUGAUAAUUAUAUUGGUUAUGAUGAGGACAAUAUUUCAAUUUUGACAUGCAAGGACCAUAAACUUCCUGUGACUUGUUUAGUUAUCUCUGCUGACAACCAAUAUGUUUAUUCUGCAUCUAAAGAUUGUGUUAUAGUCAAAUGGAGUUUAAAAGAAAAAAAGAAAUUAAAAGCUACACCUCAUUUUAAGAAAUGUUCAGAAGAGUUAAAAGAUAAAUGCCAUCAGCACAGGAUAUUGUCUUUGUCAGUGUCUACAGAUGGAGAGUAUUUGGCCUCUGGUGAUGAAGGAAAAAUUAUCAUUAUUUGGAAUGCAGAUACUUUACAACACAUUCGCACCUUCACUGGGCAUAAAGGUCCUAUAACAGGACUCGCAUUUAGGAAGGAAACUCAUCAACUAUUUAGUGCUUCAUCUGACCGCUCAGUGAAGUAUUGGAGUUUAGAUGAAAUGUCCUGCAUUGAAACCUUAUUUGGUCACCAAAGUCCCAUAACAGCAAUUGAUGCAUUGUCUAGAGAGCGAGCUGUAACAGCUGGAGGCAGAGAUACUUCUAUAAGAGUUUGGAAAAUAGUUGAAGAGUCACAGCUUGUUUUCAAUGGUCAUCGGGGUAGCAUUGACUGCGUCAAACUUCUUGAUGAACAGCGUUUCAUUUCUGGUGGUGAUGACGGUGUAGUCAGCGUAUGGAGUGCCAUGAAGAAGAAGCCUUUGUGCAGUGUGGUUGACACUCAUGGCAAGGACACAGCCUCAAAUGAACCAAAUUGGGUAUGCAGUGUUGCGGCCUACCUCAACACAGACCUCACUGCAUCUGGCUCAAGGAAUGGGAAGAUUAUGCUGUGGAAGAGUGGUCAGGGAUUCAGAACACUUGAGUCAAUGUUUCACAUACCCAUCAAAGGUUUCAUCAACGGAUUGGCUUUUACCUCCGAUGGCCGACAUCUGAUUGCUGCUGUAGGACAAGAGCACCGGUUAGGUAGAUGGUGGAGAGACGCUAGUGUAAAAAAUAGUGUGGUGGUUAUUCCUCUGAAACAGAAAACCUCUUAAUUUAUCACAAUGACCAGUGGAUUUAUUUAUUGCUUACCUCAAGCAGUUUGGUAAUUUUGUUUCUAAAGACACUGUUUGCUUAUGCCACUAUGCAUCUUUUGAUCAUUGAUUGGAGGGUGCAUACUGUUAUUAAUGUCACAAGUUUUCUUAGUUUUAGUAAGAAAAUGUAUUUUGUCUAUAAAUUGAAUCAAUCGCACAUACGAAAUUAAAGUUUAUACCAUUUCCGAGACAUUU